AUGGCAGAAGAGAUCGGACCAGAAAAGAAACAACCACUGGCCGAAAUGACCGAGGACAAGCACAAAAAAGAUACCCCCAUGGCUUCCCCCUACGCGCCUAAACAAGUAGGCCGUGCCUUGUGCUCGUGUAUGGUUGUCUUCCUUUUGCUAGUAGGUAUCAUAGCCCUGGUAGUGUGGUUAGUGUAUCGUCCCCACAAGCCAAAGUUCACAGUUGUCAGCGCGGCCAUCUAUUAUCUCAACACCACGGCCCCACCGUUCCUGUCCGUCACCAUGCAGUUCACCAUCGUCACUAGAAACCCCAACAAACGAGUCUCCAUCUUCUACGACCAGCUUUCAGCUUUCGUGUCGUACAAGAACCAGGCGAUCACGCCGCCAGUGAUGCUGCCACCUCUGUGUCAUCGAAAGCACAGCACGGUGGCGCUGUCGCCGGUACUGGGCGGGGCUGCCGUGCCAGUUUCGGUGGAGGUGGCAAAUGGGUUGGUGAUGGACAAGACUUAUGGGGUGAUGGGUUUGAGGCUGGUUUUGUUAGGGAAGCUGAAAUAUAAGGCUGGGGCUAUAAGGACUGGGCAUUAUGGGAUAUAUGUGAAAUGUGAUAUGUUGGUUGGGGUGAAGAAAGGCUUUGUGGGCCAAGUGCCAUUGCUUGGAUCUCCAGAGUGCAAAGUUGAUAUAUAA